AUGGGCGCGAUACCCGAAAUCGUCGUAAAUGCUUUAUCGGCGUCUCAAGAUCGAAGAUGCCAUCGCGAGAUACUUGUAAAUAGCCGACCCGCCGCCGUCGCAUCCAAGGUGAGCUCCAAUGGGAUGUCAAGAACGUUCGACCUCCAUUUGAUCUGCAAAUCGGCAUUUGGUCGACCUCUACGCUACCUGGCCCCGCGUCCGCCUCGUUUGUCCCAUGUUCCACCUCACCGCUAUUUUUUUUUUGAACGUUGCGCUUGAUUCUCCUCAUUUUUUUUUCUGAAGCUUGGCUUGCCAGAGUUUCUAGAUCAUUUCUUUCAACUUUAGGUUUUGAAUUCAUGUUUUUUUUUUAAUUUUCAAAGUCUGAGUUAAGGCUCUAAUAUUUAUCUCAUUUGAAAUUGUUUUUUUCUCCAGCCCAAUAUUUUCAAGCGUCUGAAAAUUUACAGUUCCUCUUAUUCUAGGGAAAAAAAAAACAACUUUCCGUUGUCAGAGUGUAGGAUCAGAUAGGGAGUCUAAUUCAGUUUCAAUUCUCAAAAACCGGUUAUCUUAGGGGUACGAAACCAUUUGCCAUUCUUUUUUUUUGAGUUGGUUGGAAGAGCACAGACCACCCUCCAAAUAAGAAUGCGAAGAAAAACUAUCAAUUCCUGACUUGGCGGCGACGUUUUUCGCUGUCUUUCUUAUCGCCUGUGUUUGUUGACUAUUUUUGGUGAUUUCAACUUCGAUUCCCGUCUUUUCGAUCUAUCGCCUUUCGCGCCGCUAUUUUGCAUAAAAAAACGUUUCUUGGCGCAAAAACUCAUCUGUUUUUCCCACGGUUUAUACGAUUCUGAACGAUAGCGCUCAGAAAAACUUUUCCCAAUUUUUCAAUAUUCGUACUAUUUCGCUCACUGAGAAUAUUAUUUCUAGGUUUCGCUUCACAGCAGAAUUAUUGCUUUUACUUUUGAAUUUGAAACUGUAGAAAGUGUUAAAAACGGUCUUUGUCGCUCGUGGCUUUUCCUGGAAGCAAAUAUUUUUCUCGCAAAAUUGUCCUUGUUUACCUUCGUGCUAGUACUUGCCGACUGAAGUUGCACCCAAAAUAGUUAAGAUUCCCUCUCUCUGUUCAUUGACCUUUUUACUCUUUUGUUUCAAAAAAAAAUUCACUUUCAAAAUACGGGUUUUGUUCCAUUUUGGUAUGAUCGAAUCGUCACCAGAAGUGUUUGUUCUCGAUUUCAUCGAUUUUUGCUUGUUUCAUUGCCUUCACAGUUUUAAACUCAUUUUUUUUAUUGCAGCGAAACGCGCGACAUCGAAAUCGAAGGGCGUUUGGACAAUGCCACCGGUGCGCACAAGCGGUGAGUUAAUUGCAACUAAUGUCUUUCUUUCUUCUGCCAGGGUUCUUCUAUUUUUCAAAUGUCCUUGGGACGCUUUCUUUCGUCUGAUGACGCUCUACUGGUCGAUGAGAGCUCAAAAAGUCAAAACAAAAAGAAAAAAUGUUGUUUUGAUUGUCAACUGAAAGGAAAGCUUAAAUUGAUAGGUAAUUCAAGAUCAGAAAAGGAGAAAAACUAUUUUCCUGGAACUGGAAUCAAAGCCGUCGCCACUUUUUUCAACUCAAACCGGAACGGGUUGAAUGCCACGCUUGGCCUGAGCCGUUUCGCGCAUGAAUAAUUAUCGUCACGGCCAAUAGCAGAUCAAAAAAGGGCAACGAGCCGUUGUUUAAAUGGGAGAUUUUAGAGCUGAUAUAUUCCGAACUUGAAACCGGAAAGUCGCUUUUUGAAACUCGCCUCGAAGUUUUCAUUUUUUUUUAGUAGAAAGGGCCAACAUUUAAUUUUUAAUUUAGAGUCCAUCUAUUAUAUAACUAUAAAUUUUUUUGCUUUUUUUCUUGAAACUCAGGACUAGUAAUGAUUCAUGGGCUUGGAACGCGGCGAGAACUGCAUACCAUACACGUACCAUGCGCAUCACGCUUCAGGGCGCUUUUCGAUCAGAAAAAGCAAUAUAUAUUCUAUAGAAGUUUUGUUUCGCUCCGGGUGAGUCACUUCAAAAGCUGACUCCAAGGUUGGGAGCGGGAAAUUUUUUUCAACAGUGACGCAUCACGUGUGGUCCAUUUUCCGUCAGAAAUAACACAAAGGGGAUAAAUUGAGAGAGCGAGAACCUAUUUGGAAACGAGAACUCACGAAAAACAGUUUAUAGAGAAUAGCUUUGAAUAGAAGCUUUUUGUCAGAUAUUCAAAUUCAAAUUCGAAAAAAACUGAAAGGAAAAACAUUGUUUGAAAAUGUGGAGAAACACUUUGUUCUCACUAUAAAAAAAGUCGUACGAAAUUCAUCUUGCUCUGCGAUUGGAUUAUUAUUUUUUUUGAUGUAUCGUCCAAAUAUAAUUUCAUCUAAAAAAAAUGUAGAUACAGAAAGUCUGUACCUACAAAUCUUCAAGAAAGAGCAAAAAUUUUCAUAACGGCGUUCUGUACUAAUUAAUAAGUUGUUCUAUGACUUGUGGAAACUUUUUUCAAAGGCUGGGGAUGUGCAGAUUGAGGCAAGAAGACUGGUCCAUUUCCAAAAAAAUUCAACCGCAAAGUGAAUCACCUGACUUUUUUCAAUACUCAUCGAAAUGUAUUCCAGAAGCGCAUCGAGCACUCGAGCUGAUAGAAGAUUAUCACGCGCAGCUCACUCGCCAAACCGAUGACGAGCUCCGAUCCAACAUCGAAAGACUCAUCAACGGCUUCAAAUCCGGCCUGUUUCAGACCUUGAUUGGUAAGUCGAAACCUUUAUUAGAUUUUUUUUCCUUUCUUUCUAAGAAUUUGAUCAGAAAGUUUUUUAAGAUCUGCAAGAGCUGUACGAAGACACCUUGCUGAACGAGCGCAAGUCCUACCUGCAGAAGAACUCGGAGGUCCGAAGAAUCGUGGAGCGAUGGGAUGUCCACCCGCCUUUCGGCAUUCGCUCGAAUAUUGUCGGAACUUCGGCUAUUCCGAACUACACCAGUGCUCCUUUGGCUUCGGAGGUAUUUCUUGGUCGAUUUGGCCCGGCAAAAUUUGAUAGGCAUUCCAGGAUCGUGGGUUCACAUACCUCGACUCAGUGACCAAUGGAGCUCUACCAACAGCCAACACUUCGUUCUCUCAGUCCAGCCAUCUGCUUCAUGAGAGAUCUAGACACACUGUAAGUGUUUUGUUACGAAAGUCAACCUGUAGAGAGCGUUCCUGGUAAUCCAAUGAAUCCGAGAGAAAAGUAUUUACAAAGUCUGUCUAAUUUCAAUAAAAGAAGAAAACAAAAACUUGAAUUAUUUUGUGUUUUCGCUUCGAGAAAGCCGUAAAAAUUUCUCUUUAACGUUAUUUUUUUGUUUUUAGAGUCAUGAUGGAACUUGGCGUGAGGUGACCACCAAAAUGGUUGACACUCCUGGAGGUGUUCAGAAGCAGACCGUUACUGUGAGUUUUUUUCAUUCAGACUUCUGUUAUGAUUUUUUUAAACUUAAAUUUGAAGGUAGAUAUAAAAAAAUGCUCCAAAAAUAUCAAAAACUUACAUUCUCAAAAUAAAUUCAAAGUUAUCGAUUUGAAAAGAAGAUUUUUUUACUAUUUGUCUUCCAAAAGAAGAGCGUUCACCUGAAAAGGAAUUUUUUCCAGCACAACGGCAUUAUUGAUGAGCGCGGCCGCAAGUGGGAAAUCGAGGACAUCGUCCUUGAAAAAGGCCACACCGGCCUUGGGUUCUCAAUUACCGGAGGUGAGGUUCUUGCGGCGACGCAAUAAAACGGCUAAUCUCGCCAGAUUAUCACCUAUAAUUGGAGAUUUCUGUUGCAGGAACUGAUCAGCCGACCGAGGAUGGUGACACCGCCAUCUACGUUACUAAUAUCAUCCCGGGAGGUGCCGCUUUGGCUGAUGGUCGGAUGAGGUAUCUAUCGGACAACGAAAUUUGACAACUGAAAAUUUUUUGUCAAACAAAAUAUCAAGGAUUUUCACGUACUGUAAAAAAAUCAUUUGAAAUUUUUUUAUUUAUUUUAGGCAGACUUUUGAAUAAAAAAAGAAAGACUCAAGAGUUUCUUAUCAAAUUUCCAAAAAGAUUUUUCAACCUUUUUUUGUUAGAACUUUGCCGCUCUCAGUGAAAUAUUUCAAAAUCGCAGCUCUCAUUAGACAUAACCAAAUCUCCACUGAAUAUUCUGAAAUAGCCGCUUUCCAGCUCUCUCCUUAGAAUAGACCAACACGAAAUUGAGCUCUAUGUAUAUAUUUUUUUUUCCACUACCAAUCCAUUUAUAACCAGCAUUUCAUAGCGGGACUCAAACAACGAAGUUAAAAAUUUCAGACGGAGCGAUAUCAUCGUCAACGUCAAUGGUACCAACUGCGAAAAUGUUCUUCAUGAGGUGGCGGUGAACGCUUUGAAACAUGCUGGAAAUGUUGUGUCUUUGGUGAGGACAUCAUUCAAGUUUUUGAAAUAUCAAACUUUUAAAAUUCUCUGGUUCAGACUCUGAAGCGAAGGCGCGAGGAAACAUCUAUAGGAGCAUUGGGAACGCCGUUCAGAAAUGGCCUGACACCUUCCAUGAGUGCCGGAAAUCUUGACGUUCACUCGCCAGCGGCUCCACUCCAUCCGCCGCCUCUGCCGCCUGUCCAUCAUGGGUCACUCAGCCAACUGUCCAACCCAUACAGACCAGUUCGUGCCAACUCCCAAGUCCUCGAACUUUACAAGGUCAAAAAACCCUAAAGAUCUCAUGAAUAAAAGAAAAGUUAUACAGGGAAGCAAAGGCCUCGGAUUCUCUAUUGCUGGCGGUGCUGGAAAUGAGCAUGUUCCUGGCGACACGGACAUUUUCGUCACCAAAAUUAUCGAUGAUGGAGCUGCAGAUCAUGAUGGUCGACUACGAGUUGGCGACAAAAUUCUUGCGGUCAGUUUGAACGUUUCCUUGCCUCAAAUAAAGGUUUCUAUUCAUCAGGUGGAUAACAUUUCUUUGGAAAAUGUCACGCACGAGUUUGCGGUCGAUGUUCUGAAAAACACGGGGACCAGAGUUCGACUACUGAUUCAAAAGAACCAAGGCGUUCCUUUUGUUGAUUCCGCUAGUCAACAGUUUACCGCUAUCACUCCCAUUUUGAGACGUAAUUUUGAUGCCCUGAAUGCUUAAAAAAACCUGCUUUUUCAGCAAGCUCUGUUCAAGGCUUCCAAAAUCGAUCAGUUGAUUCGCAAACGGCUUUGGCUUACGGUUUGCCUGUCGGAACUGGAGCUCCAACCACUCCUGUGACUUUGAUCCCGACGGCUGACCCACGUCUGGUUCACCUUUAUAAAGGACCUAGUGUAAGUUCACGGCACAGAGUUUCAUAAUUGUUUGAUCUUAGACUAUUCCUCUGUAUUAAAAUCUUUUUUGUUUAUUUUCAGGGCCUCGGUUUCAACAUCGUUGGAGGAGAAGAUGGCGAACCAAUAUAUAUCAGCUACGUCUUGCCAGGUGGUGUGGCCGAUUUGAGCGGAAAUGUGAAAACUGUAAAUAUUCUGUUGAUUUUCUGAGUUAUACCCGUGUAAUUUUCACAGGGAGACGUUCUGCUCGAAGUUAACAACACGAAUCUACGUCAUGCUUCGCACAAAGAAGCCGCAGAUGCAUUGAGACACGUUCAGAAUCCUGUUAACAUGCUUCUGCAGUACCGUCCACACGGUGAGUCAAUCUCAAACUUCAACGGCGUCCUGAAAUAUUGAAAAAGCGCCUUGUUCUCGAAUCGUUUUCGGAAAUACGCUAGAAUCUUGAUAGACAAGUGCAAAAAAAUUUCGGUUGAUGAAUCGAGGAAUCUUUUCUGAAAAGUGAACUCAAAAUAGUCAAAUUGAAAAAUAGCUUUUUUUUCUAGUAGAAAAUACUUCAGAAUAUCAACUCUUCGAAACCAAAAUCGAACGUCUUCGGAAUGAUGUCAUUGCCCAAUCGAGAAUGGGAGGCGUGGCGGUUCCUAAACAGGAACAAUACGUUAGGUGAGCUAAAAAUGAAUUGUUCUCAAUUAAAUCGCAAACAUUCAGAGCUCUUUUCGAUUUCGACCCAAGUCAAGUGAGUGCAGUCCCACCACAUCGCACGAUGACUUUCCACUAUGGAGAUAUCUUGCACAUUAUCAACACAUCAGAUGACGAAUGGUGGACUGCUAGAAAGGUAAAAAAUGAUUGGAAGUUUCAUCUCAAGCUCAUUUUCAAGGUUUUGGACAACAACGAAGAAAGUCAGGAAGGCGUGAUUCCGUCUAAGAAACGAGUAGAGAAACGUGAACGUCUACGUAGAAAACAGGUUCAAUUAUUAUUUUUGUUUCUCCAUUUUCAUAAUCCUUCAGGUGAACUUCAACUCAGGCUCAAUGUCUUUGGGACGAAACAGCAAUCCUACUGGCCUGGAAAAUCGACGUGGAAGCCGUAGUCAGCUUUCUUUCUCUAGGAAGUUCCCCUUCGUGAAGAGUACCGAUCGUCUCAAUGAGUUCACUGACCAAGAGCGUAUGUUUCCUGUUUAGACUUCUUUAAUAUAAUAAUGGAAUCCAUUGUCCAGGCACUUGAUGACGUGUCUAGAGUUGGGAAAAUAUUCAAAUUUCUUUCAAAACAGGGUUUUCUUAAAAGCUGGUGUGCUUCUUGAAAUCUCCCAGGAAAUUUUUUUGCAGACUGCUAGCUCUCAAAAUUUUCCAAUCUGACCAUCCCAGAAACCCUUUAUGAAUCGAACCCUCCUUUAUAGAAAUGGCAACAACCAACACCGAUUAUACUAGCGCGAGCGAAUUUAGUGAGUAUAGUGCUUUCAAUUCAAAGUUUCACUCUUCAUUUUUCAAAUCUCCUCAUUUCUGUUCCUUAACAAUGGAAUUCGAGUAACAAUACUAAUUAUUUGCCUGUUUUUCUUCUACCUUGACUGCAAUUUUUUAAGAGAUUUAGAGCUCUUUUUCAGUGGCGACCGCAGAUGAGCCGGUGUUCUCCUACCAGCCCGUUGAACAACAACAAAGUAAGCUGAGAAAAAAAGUGGAGAAUGAUCUGGUGUAUAUACUUUAGUUAAUUAUGUGCGGCCGGUUAUCAUUCUGGGAGCUGUCAAAGACAGAAUUAACGACGAGCUCGUUACUCGCGAUCCCAACCGUUUCAGCAGUUGUGUGCCUCGUGAGUUUUUUUUUCUUCAAACUUCUCUUACAAAAUGAGUGUUUCAGACACUUCGAGACCACCCAGAGAGGACGAAGUCGACGGACGAGAUUAUCAUUUUGUUCGAAAGGACAAGAUGGAAGACGAUGUGAAGAACAACUUGUUCAUUGAAGCUGGCCAGUUCCAAAACAAUCUUUAUGGAACCAGCAUUCAAAGCGUCCGAGAGGUUGCAAAUCAGGUUGGUUGAAGUUAUCUAGAAAGCAGAGUCUCGGACUUUACCAGCAGUUACACGAAAUUGACAAUCGAGAAAGCAACAUUCUGCCCUUUUUUUCAGAAAAAAAUUUGUGCAAAAGAAUGUUUAUUAUAGUCUGUUCAGAUUUUGAAUGUCAAGAAGCUCACUCCGCCCCUGCUGAGACGGUUCCUUUUCGCGUCGAUGUUUCAUCGCGCGGGACUAAUUUUGAUCUUUUUCGAUCUAAAAGAUAGAAAAAGAGGUCAAAAAAGCAGCCUUAUUAAAGGGCCAUUGGCACAUGUAGAUAAAACAUCGACGCGAAAGAUAUUGUAGCCUUGGGGGUGGAGUUAGCUGCUUGACAUUCAAAAUCUGAACAGACUAUACACAAACUAUGUUGAUUGUCAAAAUUCCAGGGACGCCAUUGCAUCCUUGACGUCAGCGGACACGCGAUCCGAAGACUUCAGAGCGUCGCCAACAUCCAUCCAAUCGCCCUGUUUGUCAAACCGAGCGCUGCCCACCAGAUAUUGUAAGAACAUCAUUCUUCACAAGUCUUCGGGUUACUGAAAUUAUAUUUUUCAGAGACUGGGACCGACAGUUCACGGCUGGAAGUCGGUCAAACGAUCGUCCGCUGACCGAGGAUGAAGCUCAUCAACAAUAUCAGCGUUGUCAACGCAUCGAGCAGACAUUCGGCGACUUGUUCACUCGUUCGUUUUCCUAGCUUUUGUUAUCAACGUUCGCAAUUUUUUUUUCAAUAAGCUCUUAUUUUUGAUGUCUUAGAUGAACAUAUAAAAAAACUUUUCUGUUUUCAAAAAUUCACAUCUCCAACUGAUGUUUACAUAGAUAUGCCUCAGAGGCGUUUUUUUCCGAAAAAAAUGAAAUUUUUUUCAAGUUGAAAACUUCAAUUCAUUUACUUCAGCUUUUUUUAUAAUUGAUAAACAGAUUUUUGUGGUAGGAAAAAAAGUUGUACCUUUUUUUGAAGUCAUUUCCAUGUGGUAAGAUAAAUCAAUCAUGAUCAAUUGACAGUUUGAUGUGUUGGCCUGUAAAUGUAUACAUACAUUGAGGAUUGUAUUUAUAAACUUUCAAGUGGAAAAUUUCAGACGAAAUCUCCAACGCCCACUCGGCCGCCGAAAUCAUCAACCGCGUUCACUCACUUAUUGCUAAAGAAUCGCAAUCUGUCAUUUGGGUGCCUAAAUAA